UUGAAUCUGAGCCCUCUCUCUCUCUCUCUCUCUCUCAACCCAUACGCAUACAUCAUCAUCGAAGAUUUAGAAAUUCGAAGCGAUUUCGAAGCUCUAGAUCGAAGCGAUUUCGAAGCUCCAUCGAAGCUCUAGAUCGAACCGAUUUCGAAGCUCCAUCAAAGAUUCAGAGAUUCAGUGAUUUCUAGAAGCUCAGAUCUGAACUUUGACCCCUCAAUUACUUGCAUUUCAAGCUCAAGUCGGGAUCCAUGCUCGAAGGGAAUUGAUCUUGAUGUAUUGAAAACUUCUCUAGCUACACGUGGAGUGUUAACGUCCAAUAAGAAGCUAGAAGAAUCAAGACAUGAGAAGCCAUCUGAAACAGAACCAGACCAACUUGCUGAGGAUGUUAAGCUGGCUCCUUCUCCAGAUGGGGAAGUGGGAACUGGAGGAAGAGAUGCAGUGAAGCCCAAGCACAAGAGAAAAAAGAAGUCAUCCUCCAACGUUGAUGCAAGUUAGCUGAAUGAAAAAAUAUAUCUAGGUCAUCGUGAUACCGGGGUAUGGCUUCAUUGGACUUUGAUUUGAUCCAGUGAAAGGCAUAUGGAGUUGGGAAUGCUUCUGAAGUUGCUGCAUUGAGUGUUUAUUGUAGGAGUAAUCCAAAAGUGAAACAUGAGAGGAAAUAGUGUUAAUAUUCCUUCUGCACCCAAGAGUAAAGCAGGACCUGUUUUAAUAGCAAUCAAUCCCUUCAAAGAUGUCCAUUGUUUUGGAAACGAUUUUAUCACAGCUUACAGGGAGAAGCUUUUUGACAACCCUCAUGUUUUUGCUAUAGCAGAUACUGCCUAUAACGAAAUGAUGAGAGAUGAAGUGAAUCAAUCCAUCAUCAUAAGGCAUGUAAACCAGUGAUGACUACAACUUCUAUGCUAAAACAUGAUUUUUGGAUAUAUGUUAGUUUGUGGUUAAUUAUAUAUGUUAGUUUGUGGUUAAUGUUGAAACAUGAUUUUUGGAUUUUGGAUAUGUUAUUUUGUGGGUAAUGGUGAUUGGAUA